AUGAAGGGCUUCGGAACGGAUGAGAAGGCACUCAUACGGAUUUUGUCGACCAAGGACCCCUUGCAGAUCAACACAAUCCGCGACGCAUACUCGCGGCUUUACCGCCGCGAUCUCGUCGCCGACAUUAAGAGCGAGACAAGCGGCUGGUUCGAGACCGGGCUCGUCGCGCUCGCCCGCGGCCCACUCCUCAACGACGUGUACCUGCUCCGCGAGGCCAUGUCCGGCAUUGGAACCAAAGAAAAAGCCCUUAACGACGUCCUGCUGGGGCGGACCAACGCCGACAUGAACGCCAUCAAGAGCGAGUAUCACCGGGUCUUCCACCGGCGACUGGAGGACGACGUGCGGGGCGACCUGAGCAUGAAGACCGAGAGGCAUUUUAUGAUCGUGCUCGGGGCCCAGCGCGCCGAGGAAUCGGCGCCGGUCGUCAAGGCUGACGUCGACCGCGACGCCAACGACCUGUACCGCGCGACCGAGGGCAAGAUCGGCACGGACGAGAUGAAGGUGUGCAGCAUCCUGAGCACGAGGAACGAUAGCCAAAUCCGUGCCAUCGCGUACGAGUACCAGCAGAAGUUUGCCCGGAACCUGGAGGAUGUCAUUCGCAGGGAAUUCUCGGGUCACAUGGAGGACGCGCUGCUCUUCCAGCUCCGCAACGCCGUCGACAAGUAUAUGCACCAGGCAACACUGCUGGAGGAUGCAAUGGCCGGAGCCGGCACCAAGGACUACCUGUUGGUUAGCCGCGUCGUCCGAUACCACUGGGACCGCAACCAUAUGGCUAACGUCCGCGGCGCAUACGAGAAACGGUACCAUCGGAAUCUGGCGAGCAGGAUUAAGGGGGAAACCAGUGGGGACUACGAACGGUUGAUGCUCGCAUGUAUCGGGUAG